CUAAGCAGUGAUAACUCUCAGAAAAGAAAACUUACGAAGUUGUGCAAUUCUACUAAUAACCGUCAUAACCUGCCAUGGAACAACUUGCAGUUUUCACUGCAUUCACAGCUGCACUCUUGCUUGCAGCAAAUGCUUUACCUACCAUUAGUGACCACAGCAGCCAGCUCACAGAUGAUGCCCCUACUGAGCUGCAUAGCCUCAACCAACCUCGAAGUCAAGCUAAAGGAGUCUUUGGAUUUUCAUACAAUGCCAAUGGGGAGCAUGUCAUCGAAAAACAUUAUGAAAACACCGAAGAAAUUGAAGACAUGAUGUUCGAAGUCGAUGACUCUUCAAUGGAGCAAGAAAACAGUGAACAGUACCGGAAAAAAAGAAAUGCAGUGUCAUACCUAUGGCCUGGUGGGAUUAUCCCUUACGAGAUAGCACCCGAGUUUGAUGCUCAGGAGAGGAGGAUCAUACUGCAAGCAAUACGUCAUUGGGAAGAGAACACUUGCAUUCGUUUUCGCCCUAGAGGCUCUGAUACCUACUCCAUUCGAAUAGUGACCAGUUUACCUGGAGACUGUCGAUCUUACCUAGGACGAACAAGAAUACGACCUCAACCAUUGUUUCUUGGUCCCAACUGUGUCCGAUUUUCUACUGCAGUCCACGAGCUUGGCCAUGCAAUUGGAUUCUACCAUGAACAUAGUCGUGGUGACAGGGAUGAAUAUGUGACUAUCCUGCAAAAUAAUGUUUUUCCUGGCAUCACUGGAGCGUUUGGAAUAAGCUCUGGAAACACCCUCGGACUAGGCUAUGACUAUGCCAGUAUCAUGCACUACUCUAGCAGAGCAUUCUCAAGAGACGGACGAAGUGAAACCAUACAAACCAACCAACCUAACAUCCCAAUUGGAGAGGCUGAGGAACUGAGUCCUCUGGACAUAUUAAAGGCAAACAGGCUCUACAACUGCCCUUGCCCACUUUCUCCUCCGAACACUGUUGUUCCACCGGCCUUACCUCCUGUGAACCCCAGCCGCAGCCGCUGUGGAACAGUGGAGGUUCUGAGUGGUGGUGAGAUGAGAACAGUACGAUCCCCUGGGUACCCAUCUCACCUCCCAAAUCAAGAGUGUGCCUUUGUGUUUCAAUGUCCCAGUGGUUUCCUUCCUCAAAUCGAAUUUCCAUCAAUGAACUUAGAAUCAAGCUCUGGUUGUACUAAAGAUUAUACUCAAAUCUAUUUUGGUUCGAGCUUGGACAGUCAGGAUCUUAUUAGAUAUGGUGGUCUCAGCGAUGGAAGGAUCUGCGGAAAUCGAUACAGUCGAACAAGAUUCUUUGCAAGUACCAACACUAUUACCGUCUAUUAUCGAACUGACAGUUCUGGGGGAAGCACUGGACUUCAAAUUAAAAUCACCUGUUUAGAUGAUGAUGAAUGUCGAAAUGCCAGAUGUGACAACUGUAGAAAUACUCAGGGAUCAUUUGAGUGCAGCUGUAAUAAAGGUUACUAUUUUUCAAAAGCUGCGACAACCUGCUACGAUAUAAACGAAUGUGCCUACCAGAAUGGAGGGUGUGAAUACAAAUGUGUCAAUAUGGGUGGCUCUUACAGAUGUCAGUGUCCACCUGGUCAGUACGUACAAUCGGAUGGCAAAAGCUGUGGACCUAGACAAUCUUUCCCUUCAUUGCCAAUUGCACCACAAUUGCCGUCAUCAUGUCCUGUGACACCCCCUCCUCCUUUCCUAUGCGGUGGAAAUUUAACAGGUGAUUUUGGAAGCUUACAAACUCCUUCUUGGCCUGCGACUUACCCUUUCAAUUUUGACUGUGAAUGGAACAUCCAAGUGCCUUCUCCAGGUUGCAAUGUUCGCCUCACAUUCCAUUCCAUCUUUGGAAUAGGUGGAAAAACAACUCAAAACUGUCCCAAAGAUUAUUUGAAGAUCUACAACAAUAAUGGCCACUUGAUUCGCACCAUUUGUGACCUUGGUAGACCUUUUCCCAUCACUACAACUGGCAAUGCCAGACUAUACUUCUUUGCUGGACCAUAUCAUGGACCAAAACGUACGGGAUUCAGGAUUGAGUACACGAUAGCCUGUCCAACCACUCUCCCGCCCACCACCAGGCCAACUACAGUAGCCACGGUAACACCAGGUCCAACUAUUAGACCUACCACUCGUCCUACCACGACUACAACUACAACCACCCUCGCCCCCACUACGCUACCACCACCCACUCCGAAUUGCCCUGUUUUACCAUUCAACCCUCAAGGAACGUUCGGUUGUGGUGGAUUCUUCCAGAUAGGACAAAAUUUCGGACCUACUAAUCUGCCCUUUGGCCCUUUCCUUGGCACCACAAAGCCUGAAUGCAAUUGGAUAAUUUUCGGUGUUGGACCAUUCCAAGUCGUGUUCAAUUAUUUCGAUAUUCCCAGCAGUAGGCAAUGUUCGUCUAAUUCUGUUUCGGUGCACGAUGGAUUUGGAACUGGUUCAAAUUCUCCAUUGAUUGAGAAGAUGUGUGGGGAGAAGUGUGGCGAGUACACAGUCACAGGGACAGGAAAUAUCAUGACCGUGACUCUGCGGGUGUCUUCCCCAGGAUCGUUCAGAGGAUUCUAUGCACAAUUUCAACAAAUUUAAGUGAUAAACCAACAUUUAUAUAAAUCAUAAUUAUUUCACAUAAUAUAUUUUGAUCGUCACUUUAUUCUAAUCACUGAAAGCCAUAUUUUGCUGUGAAUCAUAGCGUGUUCGUUAUUAUUAUUACAUUGGUUAAAAACUAAAUCACCAACAUAACCAGACAGCAUGUUUUGUUGUUCAAUGUGUGUGGCUGGGCUUUAUAGACAGUAUAUGUUCAUUUGCUCAAUGCACGUGUAUUAAUAAAUUAUGUAGACGAAGUAUAAUUAAACCAUAAUUAAUUUGAUGUGAUGAUGUUGAUAUCAUACUCUUUUCUUUUAACAAUUCUCAUUGUAAUGCUUCAUCUCCAUUUAAUUUGUUGUUGUGCGAGCCUCUGGGGCUCCGUUCAUGCAUGUAUUCACCUUUUUCCUCACUUCACUUUGCCUGUCAGUUGAUGUUUUUGUAAGAAUUUGGUUAAGCUUACACUG